CUUUCCCCUUCAUUCCCUCUGUCUGGUUCUCCUUGAAACCUCAUGAACAAGAAUCACAUUCUCCCAUCCAACACUUGCUAAAAACCAAACUGAACCAACAAACCCACUUCUUUGAUUCUCUUCUUUUUUUAUUCUCUAAUGGGAAACGGCGUCGGAAAGAUCGCUCACUGCUGUUCUCUCGCCGGCGAUAUCUCCAGACGCCACGACGUCGAUAUCGUCUCCCCCGACGAGGGCCUCGGUCACUCCUUCUGCUACAUUCGCCCAGAAAUAAUAAUCUCCCCCACGACAUCGUUUGAAGCGUCCUCAGAAGAGUUCAUCCCCAACCCUUCUACGACCACGUUCCGGUCGAUCUCCGGCGCCUCCGUCAGCGCCAACACGUUCACGCCGCUCUCCACUACACUCUAUGAUCUCUGCCCUGACAUCUCUGGUGUUAUCGAUCGUGCUGCCAGGUUCGAGAGUUCCACGUCAUUCGCUUCGAUUCCUCUGCAGCCGGUUCCGAGGAACCCGGGUUUACCGGGUUCUGGUAAUGCUGAAAGAGGCUUCUUGUCGGGUCCGAUAGAGCGGGGGUUCAUGUCUGGUCCGAUUGACCGGUUGGUGUGUUCCGGUCCGAUUGAGAAGCAGUCGGAGAAGUUGGAGAGGAGCCUUUCUUUUGGACUUGAGAAGAAGCAAAAGAGAAGCAGUUUGAUGAGGAUGGUAAGAAGAGCGAUGAGGAUGGUAAGAAGAUCGAAGGCUAUGAAUCGGUGGAACAAGUCUGCAGUGACGCCGAAAGAAACAGAGUCGGAGAAAGUCAGCGAGGAGUUGAAGACGAGUAGUACUAAUUUGAGCGGCCAGGCGAGUUUGGGUGGAAAUGAGAAUGGGAUUGGGGAGUUCUCAAUGGAAAGUAAAAAACUCCAAUGGGCUCAAGGGAAGGCGGGUGAGGAUCGAGUUCAUGUUGUGGUUUCUGAUGAGCAUGGUUGGGUUUUUGUGGGGAUUUAUGAUGGGUUUAAUGGCCCCGAUGCUCCUGAUUAUUUGUUGUCUAAUCUUUACUCUGCUGUACAUGAGGAGCUCAAGGGUUUGCUGUGGAGUGACAUCGAAUCCUCGGAUUUGAAGUCAUCGGAUUCGAAUGUGUGUGCUUUUAGUGAGCUUGGCUCCAUUGAUGGAGUUGAGAAUUGUGCUGUAGAGAAUGAGCUGCCAAGUAGAAAACAGAGCAAGAAUUUGGGGAAUGAAAGUAAUGAGAUGAAUAAUAAGUGGGAGGAGAGUCAGAGGAGAUGGAAGUGUGAAUGGGUUAGAGAAAGGCCAGAGCUUGAUAAGAAAACCAAGGACAAUUUGAAGCUUAAGGUGUGGAAUGGGGUGGCAGCUCCUGUGAACCCCUCAGAUAUUCUCAAGGCUCUUUCGGAGGCGUUAAGAAAGACUGAGGAGGGCUAUUUGGAUGUUGCCGAUAAGAUGGUUACCGAAAAUCCAGAGUUAGCUCUAAUGGGGUCUUGCGUGCUGGUCAUGUUGAUGAAGGGGGAUGAUGUCUACUUGAUGAAUGUUGGGGAUAGUCGUGCGGUUUUAGCUCGGAAAGCCGAUCCCAAGAUCAAGCGAAACUUAAAAAGGAUUAAUGAGGAAGCUUUAUGCGAACGUAGAUCAUCUAAUGCUGAUGAGUUUUACAGUUUAAACAAUUUGACUUCGGUUCAGCUGACAAUGGAUCACAGCACAAAUGUGAAAGAGGAAGUUCAAAGAAUAAGGAAUGAACAUCCAGAUGAUGCGUCUGCAGUGACGAAUAAGAGAGUGAAGGGCUAUUUGAAGGUCACUCGGGCAUUUGGUGCCGGCUUUCUAAAACAGCCAAAAUGGAAUGAUGCACUGCUAGAGAUGUUUAGACUCAAUUACGUUGGGACUGCCCCUUAUAUCACUUGUAUACCAUACCUCUAUCACCACAAACUAAGACCAAGAGACAGACUCUUAAUAUUAUCCUCUGAUGGACUCUAUCAGUACUUCACAAAUGCAGAAGCUGUCUCCGAAGUAGAAUUGUUUAUCUCUUCAUUUCCUGAUGGUGACCCUGCACAACAUCUGAUUGAAGAGGUGUUGUUUAGAGCAGCAAAGAAAGCUGGACUGGCCUUCCACGAACUGCUUGACAUCCCACAAGGGGAGCGCCGUCGCUACCACGAUGACAUUUCCAUUAUUAUCAUCUCACUCGAGGGAAGAAUAUGGCGUUCAUCGCUUUAAAUAAAUACAAAUUCUGCAAAAAGUACAGUCACAUGAAGGGUUUGAUGGCCAGUUUUGACAUUCAUUGUUUCAUUUGUACACUUUUUUCCCCAAUAUCCAUCUAAAAUACUCGCCAUGCUGCAAAUAGCUGCUGAUUAGUAUGUAAGGGUUUGGAGAAGAGAAAGGUGAUGAACAGAGUGUUUUCGUUUGGUCAAAAAUGUAGUAUAAAACGAGUAACCCUUGUGCGAAUGAGAAACUGGAACAA